UAUUUCCUGAAGCGAUGAAUGCAGCCAAGCGAGCGCGCAGUCCCGAUCGAAGUAGAUCCGAGGCCGCGGGCGCCACUCCCGGCUCCGAUACGAAAGUGAUGGCAUCUGAGAGCCGCCAGCCUUCGUCAGCAGCAAGCCCGGGGAGUAUGUCCACGCGAGAUCUGGCGAUGCUCCACUAUCCAGAGCCGAACUUGUCGCGUUUGGGGAACGCGAAUCCUCUGCCGCCAAGGGUCUCUAGUAGUGCACCCCUAACAGAGGUAGUUGCGUCGACACCAGUUAUUUAUUCUUCAGCAUCCGAUGCUAGCCUGCUUAUUUCCAAAGAACAGCGCCAGGAUAUUCGCACGGCGAAAAUGCAGAUCGUAAGUCCUCGCUUGGGCGCUCAGCCACAACAACAAAAGCUGUCUUCGGUAUCUUGGGGUGCGGUCUCUGACAAGACCAUUUCCCCUGUCAACUCCGAGAUUCGCACAGCUUCCCCCGGGUCACCUAGAUUGCGUAUCGUCUCACCGAGUCUUCCGACGAGCUCCUUUGUGCAUCCGGAGACAGCGACUGCUAGUAAGAUUGUGGCGCGGAUGAAGAGCACUGCUGCCACUGCGGUGCCCACGAAUAGCAGCUUUCCGGACCGGUGCGACAAUAAUUUGCAUUCGAAUUCGAAAGAGCGUGCUUCGCUGAUGAAGCCGCCAACGUUGUUUUAUGCUGGAGGAGAAGAACAACACGGCGUUGAAUUAUCGACGAUAUCGGAGGUAGUACUGGACUCAGAGCUUUCGGCAUUGAAUCAGAAAAAUGGCAAGAAACCGGAAAUUCCAGAUCUGACAGAGGACGAGGGCUCUUCUCACAAUGGCAAUAGCAGUGGAACGACGGCGACUGUUCUUCCCAUAUUCAUAAACGAUCAAGAGAACAAUCAGGACACUAGAGACGCGAAGAGAAGUGUCGCCCGGCAUGGACCCACGGAUUCGCUUGUCAUAUCUGGAGGUGAUCUACUGCUCCAAGGUGGUUCACCUCCUGGAAGUGGUGUCAAUGUUGACUGCUCAGCAUCACGAAGGUCACACGAUGCUAUGCCACAAAUUCCUACUCCCAUCUCUAGUAGCGCAUCUUCGUCUGCGAGUGCGGCGUCAGCGAAAAGUCGAGCGUCUUCGGCGAAUAGCAGUCGUUCUGGUUCGAAGCAGAGUAAAUUUGUGCCGAAGACGCGCGUCAUUGUGCAGGCUUCACGGCCUGGAGGGCCAAAAACAGGUGGCACAACCAAUACUGUUGUGGUAAAAAAGCAGGCAGCACCGCUCAAGGCUGUAGCUACGGUCGCAGCUACGACCGCUGUAUCCACCCCCCUGCUGGCGUCGUCACACGACGCAUGCACCACUCCUCCAUCCACCAGGUCGCUGAGUAUCACACAACCGAAACUCCACCAAAAGAGUGCGACUCCCUCGCUUCGUUCUCUGGCUAACUCAUCUCAAAGAUCAACCUCGUUGUUGGCCGCGAGUAAGAGGAAUAAAACUGCUGCUUCUACAACUACUAGCAAAGGCCCGAGCACCAGCUAGUGAAAAAUAUUAAUUAAUAUUUUCGUGACCUCCACACUUAAUGAAUUGCUUAUGCAGAUGUAAUUUGAUUUAGUCAUGAUAGGUCAUUGACGCACUAGCAAAUACUGAAAGACGCAAUUAGCAUAUCGUUAUAUCAUUCUCGUGCACUGUGAUUUUUCGUAUCAACAAGUUUGAAGUACACCUUAUUCGUAAACGUUUUUGUCCCGGUAGGUGCAGGUGUUAGUUAGUUCUUUUUGUCGAUACAAGGUAAGCGCCCAGCCUUGUUUCAGUUAGACACGCUAUUCAUUGGAUUUUAGUUUCAGAUAGAAGAGUUCGUCUCGCGCCAUACUCAAAGAACGAUCUGGUAGGUUGUACAUUAAAAAAUUCAACUUUUGGUUUUGGAGUGUGGGUUUGUUGAUAGGAUAGAACCCGCAUUAUCGGCGUUUACUGGGUGAGCGUCUGUUUCUCUUCCAUUGAUUCAGAAAGAGUGACGUCGACACGCUGUUCGUUCUAGUAAUGUAAUGAUUAAAGAAAGAGAUAUGAACUUAUAUUAGAGUAAGGCCAAUAACGGGUUUCGAGUUGCUCGAGUUGCCACGAGUUGCUCGAGUUGCCGAAGCGAAGAGCUUCAUUGCUGGAACGAGUUGCCACGAGUUGCCGGGAGGUGUCCGCUCCAUCGAAAUGGAGCGAAGCAGGGCGGUGUGAGCACAAACCCAGCUGGUCGAAGUGGCGAAGGAAUUGUAAGGGCGUGCUGCGUUUGUUGUUGCUCAUGAAAGGGGCAAUCGGGUGCGAAGGGCUCCUGGGCCCUUAUGCCUUUUUUUCUGUAGCUUGCCAGCGCGCGCUUGUUAAAGCACAACCAAGGGGGCGAAAGGCUCUGCCCGUUGUUGUUUUUGUUUGAUGUCAGUGUCGCUGUGGCGUGUGGUGGCGAUCUCUCCCUUUUUUCUUCGGAUGUGUUCCCAAUAAAUCUACUUCGGGGGUGAGAGCGAGUAGCCCCCGUCUACUUUAUAGGGCGGCGCGUCCAGCCUUGCUUGGGGGUGAGUAGACUAGAGAAAGCACCAGCUGGGGGCGGAAGUUGGAAGUGGAUUAUCACACUAGAUGCGUAGUCCUUCUUUAGAUGUCGUGAGUAAUUAGAUGACCAAGCAAGUGGCUGCAAUGAGUCUCGAGCCCGAGACGGUCACUAGCUCCUGUCUCAAGGGUGCACUGCGAAGAAAAUCAAGGAUCAGAGACGCGGCGCGCAGUGUCGUACGCUCCUGCUAAGGUUUCGCGGAGUCUCAUAAAGCUGCGCCCGAAGGGCGCCGCGCAAAAAAUUAGGGUGGGCAACUCGAGCAACUCGAGCAACCCGAGCAACUCGACCCGAUACGGGUCAAAAAGUGCCUUAUUCUAUUAUAUAUGUACCAGGGAGGGAGGCCCCCCCCCCCUGUGGAUGGAUCUGUGGGGGACCACGCCAGAGGGGUCCAGCCUGGCCACCUUUGCGCGGUCUGUAUGGUUGGCCACAUGCAGCACGCCAAGGGGGUGGGUCCCGCCUUGCCUCCUCUGCCAGCUCUGUCGGGUACCGCAACACGCCAGACGAGGGCGCCGGCCUUGCCAUCUUUGCCAGGUCUGUAGGGCACAGGCAACAAGGCAGCGGGGUCCCGCCUUGCCUCCUCUGCCAGCUCUGUCGAGUGCCGCAAUACGCCAGAGGGCGCCAGCCUUGCCAUCUUUGCCAGGUCUGUAGGGUACAGGCAACAAGGCAGCGGGGCCCUGCCUUUGCCACCUUUGCCAGGUCUGUAGGGUACACGCAACAAGGCAGCGGGGCCCUGCCUUUGCCCCCUUUGCCAGGUCUGUAGGGUACACGCAACAAGGCAGCGGGGCCCUGCCUUUGCCCCCUUUGCCUUUGCCAGGUCUGUCGGGUACAUGCAACAAGGCAGCGGGGCCCUGCCUUUGCCCCCUUUGCCAGGCCUGUAGGGGACAUGCAACAAGGCAGCGGGGCCCUGCCUUUGCCACCUUUGCCAGGUCUGUCGGGUACAUGCAACAAGCCAGCGGGGCCCUGCCUUUGCCCCCUUUGCCUUUGCCAGGUCUGUAGGGUACAUGCAACGAGGCGGGAAGGGGUCAGAAGUGGGCGCUUUGAGGCCUUCCCGCCCGGCAGCCCCUCGAAAAGAGGGGCCGGGGCUGGCAGGCCCCCCCCUCAAAAAGUUAGAUCGGGGGGGGCCUCCAGCCCUGAGCCCUGGAACAUAUAUAAAUAUAUAACAGAGUAGUUCAUAGCACGCAUGGCGCAUGGAGUAGCAUGGAGUGCAUGGAGCGCAGAGCUUUAAGGGGCGCAAGAAGCUCCCCCUUUAGCUCCCUGCUACUCCAUGUGAUCCAUGCACUCCAUGCCAUGCGAGCUGUGAGACCUUAUAAAUUGCUCUGAUAUAAUAUACCUAAGAGGAGCAGACGCGAGCCAGUACACAAGUUGUGAAGGCGCCGCUUUGAGGUCUAGCAUAAAAAACGUGCACGACGGAGAGAACGAGGGCGCUAGGUACUAUCACAAAAGGAGCAGAGGAAACAGUCCCUUUCUAAAGAAAUUCCAUGAAGACGUGGCUUGAGUUUUUUUACAACAAAGUGCCAAUUCUACCUCUAAAAUAGCUCCGAGACGGUGAUGAUGCUUCUUUCGCAACAAUGAAUUGUUGACCACGACGAGUAUUCCGUUCGGACACCCUGCCCAAAACGCAUAGCUGAC